AUGUACAGAGGCACCCUCACGGUGCAUGUACCUUCUUCUUGGACGAACCGUGUACAAAUGCACCCUCAUGAUGAGGCAGAAAGAGUCGUCGAGGGAGUAAUCAAUGGCUUCCUUCUCCUAAUCGAAGCAGAAAGAGUCGUCGAGAAGCAAGUCGAUUUCAAUCCUGAUUUCCUCAAGAACAUGUUCUCCAAGAUCGAUUGGAAAGCCCUAGCUGACGCUUCAAAGACCAUGGGAUACGAUGAACUCCCUGACGAAGUCCCCGAUCCUUCGGUGCUCGAUUCUCAGUUCUUGCAGAAGUUCCACCAUGCACUCCUAGAGCUUCACCUCGAGGAAGGCACGCUCGUUUGCCCGGAGACUGGUCGAAGGUUCCCUGUUAAUAAGGGAAUACCUAAUAUGCUCCUCCAUGAAAAUGAGGUCUGA